UGAUGUAUUUCGAUAUAACAUACAUAUACUCCGGUAUUUGUCGACUGGUGCUUAUCGACCGGUAUAGCUUUACGCAUCAGAUAAACUUCAGAACGCAUCUACCACCGAUUAUAGCACGUUUUUUUCUGUGGAUUGUUAGGAUUGUUAUUGCUGUAUUUCUUUUUACCAUCCGAUGCCGCCAUCCUUCAUAACGCACCCCUCCAGCAGCACCAACCGCUUCAAUAUGAGUGACGGGGGCAUGCCCCCUCGUUCUUGGUCGCAGCACUGAAUCUCUUCAGCAAUAUCAUGAAGGCCCCAUCCACGAGCCACCAGGCAAAGGCGUGCCGUACGGACAGAAUUAAUCCAAGCAGGUCCUGAACAGCACCGCAGUUUGUUCCACCAAGUUCCAUCUAGAAGACACUGAGUUUUUCUAGCUCUCGGUAGCACUGAUAGAGAGGGGGUUGCCCAUCUCAGUCAGGUCAAGAGAAAGGCCAGGUGAUCCAAGGCGAGGGUGGAUGGAUGGCGCAAAAAGAGAUUAACUUUACGUCAGAAACGCACGGCAGCGCCUUCAGCAUUGACCGCGUGUCCAAUUGGUUGACAACGAUGUCAGCAGAGUCAACGACGCCGAGGGCAGUGACCA